AUGGCCACUCGCAUGAGUUCAUCCCAGUCGGGGUCCUCAGAUAGCUCGUCGGCGCGACCGUCGCUGACGAGACGAGGUACAGCUGCGUCAAAAAGUACUCAAGCGCCGGAGCAGAAGACCACAUGGGGCUGGAUCCAGACGCAAUGGCAAAAGACAGGACUCGACCGACCGACGAUUUUGUUGAUGAUGAAAGGUGGGCUUGCCCCUGCUAUUGCGGUAUCAAUCUACCAAGCAUCCGAUGUCGCCGAUGAGUAUACGACGCUCGGGUACUUGAUGGCUAUUGUCUCAGUCCUGGGAUUUGCGAUCAUGCCGAGGGCCAAAUUCAUUCAGAUGAUGAUCUUCGACAUAAUGGCAGUGUGUCUCGGGGCAUGCUUUGCAUUACUCACAAUGUACUCGAGCGUCAAAGCACGCGAGCAUACCCAGUCCAAGACAAAUCCUCAAUCCUACAACUCAUCUGCAUCUGCCGUGAGUGGGAUUUGGUUGUUCUUCCAGAUUUGGCUCGUUCACACCUUCCGGGCCAAAUAUCCCCAGUUUCAGUUUCCGGUCAUCAUCUACGCCAUCUUUGCCAAUGUCGCUUCGGUCUACGCUCCACAGAUGCUCAGCAUGGCCUCUUCAAUUGCCCUGGUACAGCGGAUGUUGAGAACAUUCCUUACUGGCCUGGCAAUCUCUACGGCGGUCUCGAUGUUCAUCCUACCAAUGACAUCGCGCAAGGUUGUCUUCAAGCAAAUGGGCGGCUAUAUCGGCGGCCUCCGCUCGGCACUGGGUGCUCAUGCUGAAUAUUUUGAAACGCUAGAGAAAGACGAUAUGUUUGGCCGCGCCGAUACGUAUGACGACUCACGCGAGAAGAUGGGCAAGACCGGCAAGGUCUAUAGUCCCGAGGCCGAGCGGAUCCGCGGUGCCAUUCGUCAAAUCACCGAGCUACACGCAAAAUUACACGGAGAUCUCUCGUUUGCAAAGAGAGAGUUCGCUCUCGGUAAACUGGGCCCCGACGACCUGCAGCUGAUCUUCCGCCACUUGCGACAGAUCAUGAUCCCUGUGGUGGGUCUGAGCUUCGUCGUCGACAUAUUCCAAAGGUUAUCGGAUUAUAACAAAUGGAAUGUUCCCAUUGAUCCCAAUGUCGAUGCUCUCUCAGAGGAGAUUCGGUCCCGCGCGGUUCGCGACUGGAAUGAUAUGAUGCGGGCGGUGCACGACCCGUUCGCAGAUAUGAUACAGACGAUCGAUGAAGCCCUACUCCAUACCUCGUACACCCUCUGCCUGACAAAGCCGCCCAAGAAGAAGGCAGCAAACACUUCAACAACCGGCGCGGCUCAAGAAGGGCCCGGCGAUGUAGAGGCCUCGGCUGAAAGCACGGCACCCGGCGAGAAAGGGUUCGCGGCUCAUUUUGAGAGAAGGCUCAGGGCGUUUCGAGGAGUGAAGCGUGUGGCACUGCAAGCAUGGGCUCAGGAGAAAGGCAUCAACUUGCCACCGGGUUUCUUCGAUCAUUCGUGUACCAUGGAAAGUUUAAAGGGUGACUUUUUUUCUGCGUCCACCUCGUUCCAGGAUCGAAGCCGGCGCCAGCUGUAUCUUUUCCUUUAUAUGGAACAACUCCUCUAUUCGACCGGUCAAACGGUGCUCGAAUUCGUUCGGUAUGCAGAUGAUCUGGCUGCCAAGGGAAAACUAUCACGAACUCGACUGAUCAUCCCUGGCUCCAAACGGAUGAUCAAAUGGGCCAAGAGCUGGCUGAUGACUGAGGACAGUCAUGAGGAUGACAAUUUGGGCGACGUGCACGCGCAAAACAGCAUGCUCGAGCUCGGGGAGGCCUACAGGCACCGCAAGGAUCCCGAGCAUCUCCCUCCCGAUACGCUUUUCCAAAAGUUCGGGGACAAGAUCCGAGUCAUUCCGUGGUUUUUACGCUCUUUCGAAUCCAAUUACGGAUUCAGAGUGGCCUGUGCGACCAUGACCAUUGCCAUUGUUGCGUAUCUGCAUGAUACACAGGCCUUUUUUAUCAAGCAGCGUCUUGUAUGGGCUAUGAUCAUGGUCAACCUGAGCAUGUCUCCGACUUCUGGCCAGAGCAUCUUCAGCUUUGUCUUGCGAAUCGCAGGUACCACCAUUGCCAUGGUGGCCAGUCUUCUGAUUUGGUAUAUUCCAGGCCAAAAGACCCCAGGUGUGAUUGUCUUUUUCUUUUUAUUUGUUUCCUGCGGAUUCUGGAUCCCCAUCAAGAUGUUCCGCUUCCGUGUGAUUGGACUUAUCAGCAUCGUGACCACAUCCAUGAUCAUUGGGUACGAGCUCCAAGUUCGUAAAGUGGGCGAACAGGUUGCCACUUCGAACGGACAGCCUUAUUAUCCCAUCUAUUUGCUUGCGCCGUACCGUCUGGCCACCGUGACGGGGGGUAUCGCAGUUGCGUUUAUUUGGACAUUCUUCCCAUAUCCCAUCUCAGAACAUUCUGUCCUCCGCCAGAGUCUAGGCGCAUCGCUGUACUUGCUCGCCAACUACUACUCAAUCAUCCACGAGACCAUCUCGGCUCGAAUGCGCGGAGAUGAGGGCGACAUGACAUUAAAGAGUUCCGCUGGCCGGAAAUUGGAAAAAGCUCGACACAAGGUAUUUUCGAAGCAGAUGUUGAUGUUGAAUGGAUUGCGAACCUACUCGGAGUUUCUCAAAUGGGAGGUGCCGAUAGGUGGUCGUUUUCCCAAAAAGCAGUAUGAUGCAAUAAUCAUGUGUGUGGAAAACAUUGUAAGCUACCUCAGCUUACUCGGAUACGCCUCGGACACUCUGAUGCGCCUCGAUGACGACGACGACGACGAAACAGGAUCGGUAUGGAUGCACGACUUCCGCAGACUCGUCGGCACCGCCAAUGUCACGACUCACGAGGUGACCUCUCUGCUAUGCCUCCUCUCAGCCAGCAUCACCAAUCGACAGCCUCUUCCCCCAUAUCUCAAGACGCCAAGACCGUACAGCUUUUCCAAACGGCUGGAAGCACUCGAUAGCGAUAUCUUGAGUAUCAACCACAUUGCCGAACCUGGCUUCGCCGCAUUUGCAGUGUUGCAAAUUUCCACCCGUUGCAUCGUGGGUGAUGUCGAGCGACUAAUGCGGCAUGUCAAGGGUCUAGUGGGAGAAUUGGAUUUUUCAUUUCAUGCAGUAAGUACGAUGGAUGCGAGGAUCGCGGAUUCUCGAUAUACUUCACGUGCGCCGUCGCGAGUCAGUGUGAACGAAACUCAGGUUGCGGAUCGGGUGAAAAAUGAUUGA